GUCAGUUCAAUACUACAAUCGUGAAUCGUCGUAGCAAAAUUUUGUCAAUUAACAACAGCUGGCCUCGUUACGUUAAAUAUAGUUAAUUGUGUCCAGUGCUAUGUAGUGCUUAUCAAACUAUUAAUGUAUUUACUAAAAUUGAACUCGGUUGCAUGAAGAGCCCUUUGGUUGGUACAGUGACACAGCGACGUUAGAGUACAAGACAAUGUCGAUUCCUCCACUUGUUUGCAGUACUCCUCCUCCGCCUGAUCAGUGUGAAGACGACAAAGACCCCGAGGACUUUGAUUUACAAUAUAAUCUGUCUCAAGAGGAUGACUAUGACUAUGGCAGUUUUUCUACUUAUAAUCAUUUCCAAUCUGCUAUAUCAGUAAAUAAACCAUUGAGUGAACCAAUACAUAUAAAUAAUACAAAUCAUGGAGACAGCAGUGAAACGGUUAAAAAUGCUUGUGACAAUGAUACAUUGAACUGGACCAAUACUAACAUAGAAAACAAACUAAAUGAUGAACAGCAACAGGAAAUUGAAGUAAAAUUACAUAAUGUAACUGAAAUUGAUAGUAUGAACAAUGAAAACCACGAGGCAGAGCUAAAAACUGUAGAGAAUUUAAAUUGCGAAGACACACAGACCAACAAAAAGAUAAACAAUGAGGAAGAGCUAAAUAUAGAAGACUUAAAUUUAACUGUUGAAGAAGAGUCUUUAAAUUCAGUUGUCAAAAAUGAACUGUAUGACAGUAAUGCAGAUAUUGACAAGAGUGAGAGCUCUGAUAAAGAGAAAUCACCCCACAUUCCAGAUGUAACCAGUAUUAUUACUAGCGAUCUCCAUGAGACUUUACCUUCAGACGAGAUUACAAGUACCCCUCCGAGCUUAGAUGAUAUUGAUGAUCCUCCUAAUACAAUAGAUGACCUGAAAAUGGACAAUGAAAAUGUUACUGAUUAUAUAGAAGUUAAAAAUGAAACAGAAACUGAUCCUAGCUUUAAUAUGAAUGAUCAGGUUGAACCUCUACAAGCUCCUGAAACAUUUCAACAAGUAUUAACAGAAGUGAACAAUGAAACUGAUGAUGAUGAUGAAUUUGGAGAUUUCAAUGACUUCCACACUGCAUCAAAUAUCAAACCAUCAACAAUCACAGCUAUUGUAGAUGCUUGUGAAAAUCCAUGGGAAAGCAAUCAAACUGAAUCAACGGACCAGAGUCAAAUGCCUGUCAGUUCCGAUUUUGGGGCAUUUGAAGCUUAUUUUGAUGAUACAGAAAAAACGGAACCCCCAAUCUUUGACGAGUUUAAAUCACAAGUAGCGAGUGUUCCUGAUGGACAAUCAUUACAGCAAAAUAUUGUUGAGGAUGAUGAUGACUUUGGAGAUUUUGAUGAUUUUAAAUCAUCAGUACAGGAAACUAAGGACAAUGAAAAUGACAUACAAGAUCCACUAACACGGGUAUUAGAUUUCCAAUCAACAGAAAGUGAAAGUCAACUACUUGAGAACAUAAGUAAGAUAUUGUAUUCUAUAUUUGAUGAGGAAAUACCUGAGCCUGAGACAGUGUUUGAUGGUAGACUUGAAGGGAUGCUGUGCGAGACUUGGGGCCACCUGCUGGAGACUGAUGUGCGGCAGCCAUAUAUUGUCAACUGGAACAGUUCUAUAGGACAGAAAACUCUUUUGAAGGCUUUAUGUAUAGAUUCAAGAAACAUUUUAUUUGGUCCGAAGUGGAGCUACAACAUGCCUAAAUAUGCGGCUAACUUGAGUGUUGCCCCACUACAACCCCAGAAGCAAGCCACACUGUCAGGCCAGACUACCUCAGAAGCGACUGAGAAACAUGUCAAGCCAUCAGGAACCUGGUCUGACCCUUUCACAGCUGAUGGCCAAGAAUUCACCUAUGCCGAAGCCCUACUCCUAGAUUUAGAACACCUCAUGGCCACCCUAGACCAAAUGGCCCACAACCAUUCCACCCUCAAGAUAUCAGAGUUGCUAUCACACGCUUGCAAUAAGGAGACUAACGUCGCUGCACCGAAGAGGCCGACAGACUUAGACGUAUUCGACACGGAUCUAUCAACGAAGUCCGACAAAAUAUACUCGAGCACUCUCGAUGUUCAACCAAUACGACAAAUCAACCUGCCCGAUACUCACAUCUUCACACCCACUGACUCUGAGACACCUCGAUCAAAAACAAUUCACUACAGUGGGCCCUCAUUUUUGUCGCAAUCUUCUAUGGAGACUGAUAAAAACCCCACCGAGGAGAAAUCUGAAGUUCCAACUGAUGCUAAAGUUUCAGAUGACGCAGAUUACUCCGAUUUCCAAGAUUUCAAAGGUUCUUUUAAAGUUGACGCAUUAGAAGUGAAACCAGGGACUACAGGACCAUCUUUGGAUGGCGUUGAACCGCCAACGAGUGCGAACCAGCUCCAACCAAGUCCAUAUUCCAUUGGCUUACUGCAACCUAUAAAAAUAGAACCCAUCAUGCCUACAUUAAACUGGCCUUCGCCUGGAGAAGUGAAAGAAACUUUUGAUGAUUUUACCGAAUUUGCUUCCAACACCACUUGGAAUAAUGAUGCCCAAGAAACUAAAACUCCCAGUAUAGAGUCCGAGAAGACUCCUCAAGUAGACGACGCUAGUGUCGUGAACGAUAACAGUAUUAAAAGUAUUGAGCCACCUAGUAAGAGUAACGAUUCCUUUGACGAUGAUUUUGAUACAUUCCAGUCAGCUCUUCCAUCCAAGGAGCCAUCUCUGGCACCACCUGUUAGCAACUUUAGUAAUUUUGUAGCAGCGGACUUCAGUCAAAAUAUUACACGAGUUGCAUCAAACCAAGAGCCAAAAUCAGAUUUUGUAUUUCCAAAAAUUGAAUCUAAGUCUGACCCCAUAUCAUUUACCAAAUCAAACGAUAUUUUAAAUUAUAGCGAACCUUUUAUGCAUCAGAAUAAUAUAGCAAUAAGUGUGCCGAAAGUGAAAGAAACAGUUGCAAAAGCGCCCUCCCUCGCGCCGCCUCUGAGCGCGGUGUUGCAACCGACAAUGAGUUCGUCACAGACUCCACAGAACACUGCACAGAUUUUGCAACCUUUAUCUUUAGAGAGUUUCUCACAAAUCAACUGGCCGAAUCCUGGAAUUAACUUACAAGAUCUAUCAAGAUUCAACCCAGUAGAAACACUGAAUUCGCUGAAAAGUGACUUGAGCGUGAGUGGCAACAGCAAAGGCGCCUCGCCCGUGCACAGUCACAAGGCGCCAGUACAAACCCAGCCCGAAGAUGACAUAUGGGGCGAAUUCGUAUCCAGCAAACCUAAACCACAACAGUCAUUACCAAAGAAAACCACUACGUUCGCCGAUGACGACGAAUGGACCGAUUUUGUGUCGAGCCCUUCGGUAAAACCGCAGAACGGAUUAAACACGAUAAGUUUAAACGUUCACACGAACUUGAGUAUUCAGAAAUCUACGAAACAAACCAAACAGAAUAACCAAGCACUUGAGAUACCAAUAACGCAUUACAUAACACCUAAAUCGAGCAACCACAGUUCAUAUAACGACAGACACUUUCAAAACUUAUAACGACACAGAAUUAACUGUACAUCACUUACUUAACUGUACUUAAAUAUUUGUAAAUAGGGUGGUGGUGUUUCAUAAAGUAUAUAAAAUUCCUUUUAUCCAGCGCCUGGUUGAGGAAAGAGCGCUGUUCGUG